AUGGAGCUGCAUCUCCUGUGGCUGCCCCAAAGGCUGCUGCUGGGGACAGCUGCCCUGACCUUGCCUGCUUUUCCCGCGGCCGACCUGCUGGAGCUGUGCGGGCAGAUGUGGCAGGGCAACGGGCUGCUGCUGCGCUCGUACUCCGCCUCGCGCAGGUUCUACUUCGUGGCUCUCUACAUCGACUGCGGGCUCUGGGUGAGGGCGGCGGCCGCUGGCGACAAGAUCCGCUUCCAGUUCCGCUUUGUCUAUAGCCUGACCCAGGCGGCACCGGACCCCCCGCCCAACGUCUCGGCCUCGGACCCCACAGACCCGUGUGCCCCCGGCUCCUACUUGCAGCUCUAUGAGGGGCCGCUGGGGACGUCACGGGCCCUAGGGGCCCCUCUCUGCGGCCUGAUCACCCCCGCCCCGGUGGCCUCCUUCGGACGCUUCCUGGGCCUGUGCCUGGUCACCAGAGGCCGCCAGCCCCGCGUGGACUUCGUGGGAGAAGAGACUUCUUUCCGCUUGGGACCUUGUGGUGCCUACUUCCGCUGCCAGAACGGCCGCUGGGGCUUGGACAACUGUGGAGGAGAUGGCAGCAACCAGGGCUCCUGGCUACCAGCCAGCUGCAGAGGUCAUCCCUCUCUGCCACCGAGCCAGCCAGGGAGCACGGAUGAUGACUCCUCUGAGCCGACUCUCUCCGUGGCUCUGGGUUCUGCAGGCCCCCGUGGGAGUGCACCAGAGAGAAGUCCCCCAGAAGACCGGAACCCUGCCCAACAGGAUGCAGCUCUGGAAGGUAGAUGGCUCUCGGUGACUACCCACUGAAACCACACCUAUCCCUGCUGGGUGACAGGAGCAGGAGGCUUGGCCAGGCUGAAGCUGAGUGGACUCUUGAUUCUUCCACAGGCCCCCUGCUGCACAGUGUGGCGCUGGCCUCCUCGACCCACUGCUGGCUGCCUGGCCACUUCCUCUGGGAAACUGGCUAGUUUCGCCUGCAUGUUGUGGUGAGGGUUGCAGGAGGCAGAGUGCGCACAGUGGCCAGUCCUGUGGCUGGUGGGGGCAUCACUUGGUUGGA